AUGGCAGAAAAAUAUUUCUUCUUAUUAUUAUUUGUAUGUUUAUCAUCACUAUUAAUUGAAAGAGUACAUACUUAUCAACCACAUGUAAUCGUUCGAAUAAAUAAUAUGACUGAAUCAAUGAAACAAGAUGCAAUAAAAAUUACUCAACAAGCAUUUAUUAAAUUUAAUGGUUAUUCAGCAAAAUCUCGUUCAUCAAUUGCUCAAUAUAUUCGUUAUCGAUUCGAACAAUUACAUAAUCCAUCAUGGCAAUGUAUUAUUGGAAAAGAUUAUGCACUUUCUAUUGCUUCAGAAAAUGAAAAACGUAUUAUACUCGAUAUUGAUAAAGUUGCUAUACUAAUUUUUAAAGGAAAAUGCUAA